GGCUUGUUGUUGUCGGUGACUUCCCCUCCCCUCCACCCUUCCCCCUUCCCGCCGCCUCCGCUGCAGUGGCUGCUCCCUGGGCCGUAGGAAAUGAGCGAUAACGAUGACAUCGAGGUGGAGAGCGAUGCUGACAAACGGGCUCAUCACAAUGCACUGGAACGGAAACGCAGGGACCACAUCAAAGACAGCUUCCACGGUUUGCGGGACUCCGUCCCGUCACUCCAAGGAGAGAAGGCGAGCCGGGCCCAAAUCCUAGACAAAGCCACAGAGUAUAUCCAGUACAUGCGAAGGAAAAACCACACACACCAGCAAGACAUCGACGACCUCAAGCGCCAGAACGCUCUUCUGGAGCAGCAAGUCCGUGCACUGGAGAAGGCGAGGUCGAGUGCCCAACUGCAGACCAACUACCCCUCCUCAGACAGCAGCCUCUACACCAACGCCAAGGGUAGCGCCAUCUCUGCCUUCGAUGGCGGCUCGGACUCCAGCUCCAAGUCGGAACCGGAAGAGCCCCAAAACAGGAAGAAGCUCCGAGUGGAGGCCAGCUAAGCUGCGUGGGGCAGGCCAGCAAUAAAAACUGUCGGUCUCCCCUUGCCUCGCCUCGGCCUCCCCUCGUUCAUCCUUAGAACCCUCACAACCAUUUAAGAGACUCUAUUUUUCUC